AAUUCGCCACCUUUCGCCAUCGAUGACGGGUGUUGAUUUUUCGUACGCUGCCGAGUAAUCGCCAUGGAAAAUGUCUCGCCCUUACAUAAUCAGAAAUUGUGAAUUUUCUGGUGUUUAGUGGGCAUCUUGGCAUUGUCUGUGACUUGAAAAUUGUGCCAGUGAUCCGUGUGCGUGCGUCGAGUGUGCGUGAGAGACGGUUGGUGUGCGGAAAAGGGGUGCAAAAAGGUGCCAAGUGCGGGGGGUACCCCAUUGAAGGCAAGAAAAAAAGAAUCAUGGAGAAUUCGUCGGGUAGCAGCGAUUCUCGGGAUACUGCAACUGGGUGUGGCAGCACCGAGGAGCCUGCCAUCCCAAUCACAAUAAACAUCUCCACAACCACGGGGGGUAACUUCACGCAGACCGUGGAGACUCACUACACGGUGGAGAACUUGAAGAAAAUCGUGGCGAAAAAGCUGCGAGUCGCCAAGGACAGAAUCUGCCUCCUCCACCGCGAACGAGAACUCCAGGAGGGGACACUCAAGGAGAAUGGCAUUGUUGAUGGAUCUAGAAUAAUUCUAACGCCAAAUGUGGAAACGGGAUUGCUGGCUCAACGUCCUGAGAGCACAGUUAUGCAAGCUCUGGAGUCUCUGAAUGAUUCUCAAGUAAAUGACUUCCUAAGCGGGAAAUCACCGCUGAAUCUGAAUAUGCGCCUCGGGGACCACAUGAUGAUCAUUCAGCUGCAGCUGAGCACUGUCAAUCCGCCCUCAUCGCAGUCGGGUGGUAGUGGCGGAAGUGGUGGGAGUGGUACAAGAUCGCGCAAUUCACACAAAUCACGUCACCAUCACCAUCACCACCAUCAUCACCAUCACCAUCACUAUCACCACCGUACAACAGGCGAACAAACGGCUGGAGAUUGCGAUGGGGAUGGUCAGAGGGUGAGUAAGCGACAGUCACGUGUCGCCUCGUCGACAGCUCCACUUGUACCCACGAUGGCGGUUGAGAAUUUGGCAGCACCAGAGCACGAACCGAUGUUCAAUGUGAGCACCGAUGAUCCAGCACAUUCGGAAUUGGCGGAAUUGAUGAAGCAGGAAUUGGAUGAUCUCCUGACGAAUAUUCACGAUCGUGCUGCCGCGGCGACACCCACGGCGACAGAUGAUGAAAAUAAUGCAAUUGAAUUGGAUCAGUCACCGAUAAAGUCCCUCUCGAAUCUUGUCUCCAGCCCCAUUAUAAGUGUCCCGAUACCAAAUUACGGUAUGGCCCAGGAGAUAGCACCCUGUCCGCCAACACCACCCGCACUCAUGGGCACUGAUAUGGAGCCACAGCCGUCCACAUCUAGCUAUCCGGAUCCCAUUUCGGCAAAGCUAACCAGCUGUCUGUGCAAGAGGCUCGACACGAAUAGCAAUAGCAAUGCUGGAUGUGAUGUUAAUUGCCAGCAGCAGCAGCAGACGCGUGCUGAUGACAUUGCCAAUCACGAAGAGGAAGAGGAGAUGAGACCAUCAGCUCCUGUUCCUCCGGAGGAUUUUGACGAAUGUCACCUUGAGGGUGUGUCGUCGCUUGAAAAUACGCCGGAGAGUGUGGAAUUGGUGGAGUGCACAAGUACAAAUGCCACCACACAGACAAAAUCCUGGCGCAACAGCUGGAUGCACCGAACAGCCAAUAAUCCCAUUACGAAGAUCAAGAAUAAGAAUUGGAACGCCAGUGCGGCAUCUCUACGCAGUGCAAUUGGUGGUGGUGACAUAAAGUUAGCACGUGAGGAGAGUCCAGGUGAUGGGGAGAAGGCAUUCGUUGUGGUGACUGAUGAGGAAGCCCAACCAUUGGUACAGGCAGCACCUCCCACAGCUACGGAGGAUGCUGCACCUGCGACAACUGAGACCGCAACUAUUGAGGACCAAGUUCCCAAUACUGGGACAACAACAAUUGAUGCAAGAGCCCUUGCGGAGGCAUCGCGAAAUCUCACGCAGACCCUGAAGAAGCUAUCAAAGGAGGUGUUUACGAGUAAAGUGGACUUGGCGGAGAAUAGUUCGAAGAAAAUUGGUACAGGAGCUGUGAUUGAGUCAAUGAAGCACCAUGGAAAGGGAAUCUAUUCGGGAACAUUCUCGGGAACACUCAAUCCAGCACUUCAGGAUCGCUAUGGGCGCCCCAAGAGGGAUAUCUCGACAAUAAUUCACAUCCUCAAUGAUCUUCUCAGUGCAACACCACAGUAUCGUCGUGGAACGAGCAUUAGUCUCGAAGCGGGUGGGAGUUCAUCGUCGAGAACUUCAUCGAGACAGAUUUUGGCUUUGCAGUCUUCAUCGCGUCGGCAUCACCAUCAGUCGCCAGAAAUGUGUUCAAAGUGCUCCAAGGCGUCACGCAAUUGUCCAUAUGGGGAGUGUAGUGGUCACUAUAGUGCCACAGCAACGUCCACAGCUACUUCCGCCCCUGUUUCCCCCUCAGGUGUCACUGUGACCUCGUGCAAGCAUUCCCGCGACGAGACACAGCAUCAUCAUCACGCGUGGUCAUGUGUAGGAGCUUCCGGGAGUGAGGAAACCAACACGGCUGUGAUGUCACGACAAGAGGAGCCAAUGGAUACAGUCUGCCAUUCACCGGCAAAGGCUUCAAUUAAGUGCUGCUGUCAGAGCUCAAUGGCGCCAAUUUGUAGCAAAUGCAGUAGUGUUGAAUUGGAGAAUAACAAGACAAAGGUGAAGUUGGAUCAACUGAAGUUGGUCAUGCAGCAGAAGAAGGAACGUCGGGAGGCGCGGAAGCUGAAGAAUGCUCCGUACAGUGCCACCAUUCAGGGGGCAUCGGUUACAACAGCCGCAACGGCUCUUGCGCAAUUGGCCACAACAACCACCACAGCUGUCGGGUCCGCAGCAGCGGGGAAUUCGGGUGCGGCGGGAAAUAAUGGGGCAGCCCCCACAGCGGCCUCUCCCGCAACGUCAGAUGUCCCACAGAGUCAUAUUGUUGAGGAAGUGGACACAGCAGCGUAAACUUCCUUCAUCCCCUUCUCAACACCCCUUUCCACUCCAAGAAUGCGUGUAUUGAACACACCCUUCUAUUGAUUCCCUCCCACCACCCAAAUUCUGUUGAGGUGCAUUUCUUUACGCCUUUCUCUUCAUACCCGAAUUUGUUUUACCUUCCUCUUCUCCAUUUUUUUUUGCCUUAAACUUCUGGGAAGAAUUUCGCAAGAAUUUGUCUGAAAAAAUGUUUUUUUUUCGUGUUGAAGAUUUUAAAAGAAAUUAUUGGUAGUUAAUCAGUGAAAAAGAAACCUUGCAAAUCCCCUUUGAUAGGGGUUUUUAAUUCUAAAUCCUAAAUUUUUAUUUAAAAUUGUAAAAAAAAAUAGAAUUGAGACAUUUUAUUGGUUAGAAAAGAACAAACAAAUCGAUAUUUAAAUUCCAUGAAAUUAUAUUUUAUUAUUUGGAGCGAAAAUAAAAUUUAAAACAAGCUGAGAAAGGUUAUUGGAUUUAGAAAAAAAAGAAAAA